AGCCUUUAAGGCUUAGGGUUUAAGACCAGACCCGACCACCCCUCCUAAAGAGAGCUAAAACCUCUAUUCUUCUCAGGGUUUAUUGAGAUCUCAGCGGCUCCUGUUCUGCAGUUCUUCUCCAGCGGGCGAAGGCUCCUCGGCACCAGCAGAACUGUGAGCUUUCUGAGGUUUCAGAGCUUUCUGAGCAGCAGCGUGUGGCUGUAUCGUUUGUGUUUAGGUGCCUAUCGUUUGAAAAUGCUCGUACUAUUUGAAACCCCUGCGGGUUUCGCCUUAUUUAAAGUAUUAGAUGAAGGAAAGCUAUCUAAAGUUGAUGACUUGUGGAAGGAGUUUUCCACAUCGGAGUCAGCUAGACAGCUAGUGAAGCUGAAAGCUUUUUCCAAGUUCGAGAACACAGCUGAAGCCUUAUCAGCAGCAACCUUGUUGAUUGAUGGCAAGCCCACCAAGUCUCUUCGUAAAUUUUUGCGUGCUCAUUGCAAUGGAGAGUCAUUAGCUGUUGCAGACUCAAAGCUUGGAAAUGUGAUAAAAGAAAAACUGGAAAUAGAAUGUGUUCACAACAGUACAGUGAUGGAGCUCAUGAGAGGAUUAAGAAGCCAAUUAACUGAACUGAUAUCAGGGCUCCCUGUUCAAGAUUUAGCUCCAAUGAGCUUGGGUUUAGCUCACAGUUUGUCUAGAUAUAAGCUAAAAUUUAGUCCUGACAAGGUAGAUACAAUGAUCAUUCAGGCUAUUGGUUUGUUAGAUGAUCUUGAUAAGGAGCUCAACACAUAUGCAAUGAGGGUUCGAGAAUGGUAUGGUUGGCAUUUUCCGGAGCUUGCAAAGAUUGUUCAAGACAACAUUCUCUAUGCCAAGGCAGUGAAGCUGAUGGGGAACCGUGAAAAUGCUGCGAAGCUUGAUUUCUCUGAGAUAUUGCCAGAAGAGGUUGAGACAGGACUGAAGGAGGCAGCCAUGAUAUCCAUGGGGACUGAAGUCAGUGAGCUUGAUCUGAUGAAUAUUAGAGACCUCUGUGAUCAAGUACUGGCUCUUUCAGAGUAUAGAGGUCAACUAUAUGAUUAUUUGAAGAGCAGAAUGAACACUAUUGCCCCAAAUCUGACUGCUCUUGUUGGAGAGCUUGUCGGUGCUCGCCUUAUUGCUCAUGGAGGUAGCUUGAUUAAUCUUGCCAAGCAGCCUGGGAGCACGGUUCAGAUCCUGGGUGCAGAAAAAGCCCUGUUCAGAGCUCUGAAGACAAAACAUGCUACUCCCAAAUAUGGGCUGAUCUAUCAUGCAUCUUUAAUUGGUCAGGCAGCUCCAAAAUUAAAGGGAAAAAUUUCUCGAUCUCUUGCUGCUAAGACUGCAUUAGCCAUUAGGUAUGAUGCUCUUGGAGAUAAUCCAGAUAAUUCAAUGGGGCUAGAGAAUAGAGCAAAGCUUGAAGCCCGGUUGAGAAAUCUUGAGGGAAGAGAAUUGGGGCGGUCCGCUGGGUCAACAAAAGGCAAACCCAAGAUUGAAGCCUAUGAUAAGGAUCGCAAGGGAGCAGGGGCAUUGAUAACUGCAGCAAAGGCUUACAAUCCUUCAGCUGAUUCAACACUUGGGCGGACUAUGGGAACAACAAUGAACCAUCAGGAUGAGGAUGCUACUGAAAAGAAGAAAAAGAAUAUGGGAAUUAAACACACUGACCAGAAAGAUAAUGAGGAUUCUAUGGUGGAACAAGGAGAGGAAGCCAAAAAGGAAAAGAAGAAGAAAAAGAAAAAGCACACAGGAACUGAAGCUGAUUUGGAGACUCAGGAUCAGCACGUUGAACCUGAAGCUGGAGAAGCAAAGAAGGAAAAGAAGAGAAAGCAUACAGAAACUGAAGCUGACUCGGUGACCAAGGAGCAGCACAUUGAACCUGAAGCUGGAGAAACAAAGAAGAAAAAGAAGAAAAAGCAUGCAGAAGCAGAGGAGGAAGAAACUGAAGGGAGCAAGAAAGAGAAGAAGAAAAAGAAAAAGAAGAAUGAUGAGUGAAUGUUUGUCAUUAGAUGUAGGAGGUGGCUUGCAUGGUAGGCAACCCAACAAUUUUGAUAUUAGGAUUCAAGCUUGGUUAUUUUUUAUGUAAAAUGUUGUAUGUUUUGUUCGCAGGUGCCAAUAUUUAGCUAACUUAUUUUAUUCCCAGUUUCUUGGUUAUAAAUACAUUAGAAUCGUAUAUAUCAUUGUUACUGAGCUCUGGUGGAUCAUUCACUUGUGCAACUAAAUGGUUUUUUGUCUAAA